UAGUAAGUCUGAGGCAGAUCCUGGAGACAGGAGUGAGAAAGGGAACAGCUUUCGCUGUGCAACCUGCAAUCAGCUGUUUUAUACCGAAAGGGGCCUGAGCAGUCACUUGUGUUUCUGUGGUGAGCAGUGGCAGUCUCCGUCAGGGAAGGAAAGACAGCAGGCCUAUGAGGCAGAGAAGUGGCCCUUCCAGGUGGCAGCGGACCGAGCGGUUCCUCCCGAAGCGAAAAGGUUUUCAGAAGAUGGAGCGGUCGCGCCUAUCGUAAUGCCCGUCUCGGUACCCAUAAUGGCUGCCAAUCAACAGCAA